AAGGUGAAAAAACACUAGGCUACAUAUGAGAUUUCAUAGGAUUGGGAUGUGUGGGGCUCAUUCUCUGCCCCUCUUACGUAAGCCUGCUGCUCUGAGAACAUGCAACUCGAUCGGGUCCCGCAGAUAUGAAGUCUGAAGAAGUUGAAAACAUAGAAGAAUUAAACAAUUUGGCUGUAGAUUCUAUUCGCAUCGAACCCUAUUUGUUGAAGCUGAAACAAAAAGCAGAAGCAGAAAAAAACAUUCGACUCUUGGAUUUGCCGAAAACAUUUUUGAUUAGGUUUUUGCGAGCGAGAGACUUUGAUGUUGAACUGGCGCACAAGCUGUUGAUCAACUAUCAUAGAUGGAGACAAGAAUGUCCAGAAAUAACUGCUGAUCUGCGUCCAUCAUCCAUCAUAGGUCUUCUUCAGAACACUUACCAUGGAGUUUUGAGAUCACGAGAUGAUGCUGGAAGUCAAGUUUUAAUCUAUCGGAUUGGUCAGUGGAACCCCAAAGAAUUCACAGCUUAUGAGGUUUUUCGUGUGAGCCUCAUUACAUCAGAGCUAAUCGUUCAAGAAUGGGAGACUCAAAGAAAUGGAAUCAAAGUUAUUUUUGAUCUCCAAGACUGGUGCUUUGCUCAUGCGCUGCAGAUAAAUCCUUCUUUGGCAAAAAAGAUAUCAUCUGUGCUUACGGACUCCUUUCCUUUGAAAGUACGUGGCAUCCAUUUGAUAAAUGAGCCCAUUUUUUUCUGCCCCGUUUUUGCCAUGAUCCGUCCAUUUCUACCAGACAAAAUAAAACAACGGAUUCAUAUGCAUGGUAGUUCAUAUGCCCGGAGUCUCUGUGAUUAUUUUCCAAAGGCUAUCCUCCCACCUCAGUAUGGAGGCAUGGGACCCAGCAUAGAUGAAGUGUGCCAUGAGUGGACUGAGUACAUCAUGCAAUCUGAAGACUAUCUCCAUAAGCUCUCUAUAGCUGGAGGAUAUUCUCCUCAGUCAUCCACCCAUGAUAGCUGAAUACAACGAAGGUACUUGAUACCAUGUGCUGCAUGUGCUAGGUGAUAUUGUAAGUGCUGCUGUGGAAGUUUCUCUGUAGUGUCUUCAGAAGUUUCUAUGUGAAAAUCUGAAUGAUGUUACAGAUACGGCACAAGCCACCAGUUUUACUAUUGCUGAUUAUUGAUUAUUUUUUAAUAUGUUGCAGAGGACUAAAUGGUGCAGCUUUUCAUAUUGUCUGUUUAGAAUGAGCACUUCUCAUACUCCAGACUGGAAAGAUCAUUUGCACUGUCAAAAGUCACAUUCCCACUGUUACCUAUUUUAACUGAAUCAGAUUUUUGGAUAAUGAGAUUGUAUUGAAUUCUAUAUAAAUAACAGAUAUUUAGAUGACAUUGCAAGUACUUGAUAUACCUCUGAUGAUACAAUAAUGUACAGCAUACAAUAUCUAUUUGCACAGGAAGUCACUGUCCAAGACUGAAAUAUAAAAGUGCCUUCCUUUUACUUCUGAAUUAUUUUGUUUUUCAUAACAAUGGACAAAACUCAGGAAGUUACUUAAACUUUUGUGCUUCUGCAAGUUAGAUAUCAAGCAUAAUCAUGAGGAAAUUAAUUAUGUUUCGGUUGUUUAAAGUGAUUAUAUUAACUGAAUAUGUUUUAAUAAGAAAGCCGAAGGUAGAGCUUUUGCAUUUUAAAUAAACAACUUAAAACAUGUACGUAUUCAGUUAACAGCAAGUUGGAGAGUACAGUGGCACUUUGGUCUAUUGCCUUUUGCUCAGGCUCUUAAGCAAAUAGACUAAUGACCUUACUAGGGCUCUUAAUGUUGAACAUUUCUAUGAGUUUUAACAUUUUAAAACCAUGUACAUAUUUAUUUACAGUUUUAUUUUCUAUGACAGCAUUCAAUAUUUAAUUGUAUUAUCCUAAUUCAUUGUCCAAUUACAACAUCUAAUGUCAUUUUUUUUUUCACUUUAAAAGGCACUUUUUAUUCAAAUGUACAUCAUCAUAGUGAUAAUAAAAACUUUAUCUA